AUGAACGUCCAAGACAUAAAAAAAAUUGGUAAAAGAGUGAUACGCAAAUGGACCACUAAGGAUGGCUUCAUAGGGGACUAUGAUUACAAGUAUCUAUUUGUACCUGAAAUACCAUUCAAAAAAACGGUGACCAAGAGACAGCCAUUCUUUGGUCUAAAUUCAGAUAUGCCACUUUUGUUAGGGUUUAUUCUAGGGUUCCAACAUGCUUUGGCGAUGCUUGCCGGGGUGGUUACACCUCCUAUUCUUAUUGCUUCUGCUGCAAAUCUUGAUAGUGCUACACAAGAAUAUCUCGUUAGUGCUUCCUUGAUUGUGUCAGGAUUAUUGUCAUGUAUUCAAAUUACUAGAUUCCAUAUUUACAAGACACCGUACUACUUGGGUACGGGGUUACUUUCAGUGGUGGGAACGUCGUUUGCAACCAUAUCGAUAGUCACUAAAGCCCUACCAGUGAUGUAUCUGACAGGGGUAUGUCCAGUCGUGGACGGUGUAAAUCAGCCGUGCCCUGACGGAUAUGGAAUGAUUUUGGGAACAGGAAUAGUUUGUUCGCUCUUGGAAAUCCUCUUGUCAUUCAUGCCUGCUAAGCAGUUACAAAAGAUAUUCCCUCCUAUUGUUACUGGUCCUGUCGUGUUAUUGAUCGGGGUACAUUUGAUUGAGACAGGUUUCCAAGAUUGGGUUGGAGGUUCUGAUUGUGUGGGUGAAAUGUGCGGUUCCGCUCAUCCAUUAGAAUGGGGUUCAGCUGAGUUCAUAGGAUUAGGUUUUCUCGUUUAUGUUACAAUCAUUAUCGCCGAAAGAUUUGGCUCUCCUAUUAUGAAAUCAUGUGCUGUUAUCGUUGGGUUAUUAAUAGGUUGUAUUGUUGCAGCAGCCUGUGGGUACUUCAGUAAAACAAACAUUGAUUCUGCUCCAGCUGCAACAUUCAUAUGGGUGCAUACGUUUAAAUUAAGAGUUUAUGGGCCUGCGGUUUUGCCAUUCCUAGCUGUAUAUAUUGUAUUAAUGAUGGAAGCGAUCGGUGACAUAACAGCUACUUCUGAUGUUUCAAGAUUGGAAGUUGAAGGAGAAUUGUAUGAAUCAAGAGUCCAAGGAGGUAUAUUGGCAGAUGGUUUCAAUGGAUUAUUAUCGGGUUUGAUGACUGUGACGCCGAUGUCUACUUUUGCCCAGAAUAACGGGGUUAUUUCUAUCACUAAGUGUGCUAAUAGAAAAGUUGGAUAUUGGUGUGCUUUCUUCAUGAUCAUAAUGGGUGUCUUUUCUAAGUUCGCUGCUUCGAUUGUGGCGAUACCAAAGGCAGUAUUGGGUGGCAUGACGUCUUUCUUGUUUACCUCGGUCGCUGUAUCUGGUAUUAGAAUUAUCUCUACAAUUGAAUUUACCAGAAGAGAUAGGUUUGUGUUGACCGCAUCCUUGUUGCCUGGUUUCGGUUCAAUUUUAGUAUCAAACUGGUUUGAUAAUGUAUUCACCUAUUCCGGUAAUAAUACUGCUUUGCUGGGCUUUUUCGAUGCGAUAGUCUUGGUUAUGGAAACUGGCUUUGCCGUAACUGGUUUUAUAGGGUUAAUCUUGAACCUCAUUUUGCCUGAAAUGGAUGACGACAUAGAAGAGUUUGACGAUGUGGUCAUCGAAUCAUCUGAGUCAAAUCAGCAUAGCUCGGACGAUAAUUCUAAGCAAAACAAAAUUGUGAAGGUAGAGAGUGUAUAG